GCAGCAGCAGUAAGCUUUUAUCAGUCGACGAGUGAGUUCGACCAGAACAACAAGUGUGUCCUCCAAAGUAUUUUGUCAAGUGUAAGGCACUUGGCUUUUCAAAUACAUAUUGCUGGUAUAACAAGAAACCGAGAAGUCCUACAUUUUUCGCUGAUCUAGUGCGGAACCUAAGUGAAAUUGCAAAAUUACGAAAGGCGUGGCACCGAGAGUAUUUUUUUUCGUGUUUUGCAAGGAAAAAUGCCGAAUGACGACGGAGCACGAGGUCAACCAAAGCACCGCAAUAGGAACAGGUCACGAGCUCGUCCUUGCACGCCGGAAAAUCUUCUAGAGAAUCACUUGCAAAAGCUUUUGGAGGAGCAGGAGCUGCUCCACAACCUGUUGGUCAGCAAUCGUCCUGGAAUAAAGCCGCAGUUGGAAGAUCUGGGCGGCGAAAGCAACUAUGAGUUCGACAUCCAGGAUGAGGAUGGCGUUGAUGAGCAAUUGCCCAGCUUUAAGUUGCAGCAGAAGUCGGUGCAGGAGGAGCAAACGGAGCUCAAUAACCAACUACGUUCCGUAAUUCUGGCCGAGGAUGUGGAGCCAUCGAGUCCUGGGAACUUGGAAGAUCUGGCAACAAUUCCAUUACGAACAUCUCCAAUUCUGGCCGAAGAUGUGGAGCCAUCGAGUCCUCCGAAAUUUGAAGAUCUGCCAACAAUUCCAUUACGAAGAUAUCCAAUUCUGGCCGAGGAUGUGGAGCCAUCGAGUCCUGGGAACUUGGAAGAUCUGGCAACAAUUCCAUUACGAACAUAUUCAAUUCUGGCCGAGGAUGUGGAGCCAUCGAGUCCUCCGAAAUUUGAAGAUCUGCCAACAAUUCCAUUACGAAGAUAUCCAAUUCUGGCCGAGGAUGUGGAGCCAUCGAGUCCUCCAAACUAUGAGGAUCUACCAACAAUUCUAUUACGAACAUCUCCAAUUCUGGCCGAAGAUGUGGAGACAUCGAGUCCUGGGAACUUGGAAGAUCUGGCAACAAUUCCAUUACGAACAUAUCCAAUUCUGGCUGAAGAUGUGGAGCCAUCGAGUCCUCCAAACUAUGAGGAUCUACCAACAAUUCCAUUACGAACAUAUCCAAUUCUGGCCGAAGAUGUGGAGCCAUCGAGUCCUCCGAAAUUUGAAGAUCUGCCAACAAUUCCAUUACGAAGAUAUCCAAUUCUGGCCGAAGAUGUGGAGCCAUCGAGUCCUCCAAACUAUGAGGAUCUACCAACAAUUCUAUUACGAACAUCUCCAAUUCUGGCCGAAGAUGUGGAGCCAUCGAGUCCUCCAAACUAUGAGGAUCUACCAACAAUUCCAUUACGAACGUCAUCUCCAAACUAUGAGGAUCUAAGGACAAUUUCCUCUCGAGCGACUCCAAUUCUGGCCGAGGAUGUGGACUCAUCGAGUCCUCCGAAAUUUGAAGAUCUGCCAAGAAUUCCCUCACGAACGUAUCCAUAUCGAACCAGGAACCACAGCUUGAUCCCGCUGCCCAUCACAGUGGGCAGCUGCACACCACCCAAGGUCAUAGGUCAGGGCUUCGAUACGCCCUUUCACUACCCCGAGUUUGUUGCCAAAAACGAGCGAAGUCGUGUAAAGUACAUCUUCAGUUUGGUGGACAGUCUGGCAUUGCAAAUGAAGCGAUCACUCAAGCUAAACAAGCAUUCGAUGGCCGAGGAAGCCGUGGAAAAGGCAGCCACUGGAGCUGUGCCCAAAGCCAGGCGCAAACAGAAACUCCAAAUAGAUCGAGUGGGCCAUGCCAAGUACACGAUCACUGUCAAUUCUCGUUUAAAGGAGCCCAAGCCACACAAUCAGUCCAAACACCAUCGUUUGGCCAGGAGUAAGGUGCAUUCGCAUAACAAAUUGCCGGAGAUACUCGAUAUCGAUUGUGAGUUCGGAAUGGAGUUUAUUGAAAAGUUUCGUGCCAACAAGGUUCGAGAUGAAAGCAGAGCCGAGCCCGUAAACGUAUCCGUAUCUGAAAGUGGCCAAGAAAAACAGGUUGAUAGUGCGGAUGCUAAGGAAAAGGAAGUGCCCCAGAUCGACGAAGAAUGUAAUGAAAGUGAGAUAACUAUUACACCGAACUCGGAUUUCUCAAGCGAACUCUCAUUUCUUGAGCUUGCGAUGGCCGAAGCAUUCAAAAAGCAGCGAAGACAUAAGAAGAAAAACUACAGCUUCAUUUCGCGACCAAGUACACCCAUCACCAGACCGACUACGCCCAUCAACGAUGAUGUGCCCAGUACAUCGGCAGAGGCAAAGUUCUAUCAGCAGUUAAGAGGUCAAUCGGAGCCCGAGAAAAGCGAAUCAAAUGUCUUAAACACAUGGCAGCUGCUAAGGGCCAGAGGACCGCCACCAUUGCAGGAUUGGCAAUGGAAUAUCGUUCUGUUUAUGAGGAAUUUUAAUAAAGAAAAGAGACGAAGGGAGCGCCUAGCAAAUAAGGACACAACUUCCAAUCCGGAACCCGUGAGUAAGCUGAGUAAACUGAGAAAACUGAAGGAAAGAGAGCUGCGUAGAAACGAACUGCGACGGAAAUACUCGUAUGUGCCCAUAGAAAGGCCAAAAAUACGCCCCAAGUUCUAUAAAGCCAUUAAAGAGCAAAAGGAAUGGUUAAAGGCGGAACAAGACUUUAAAAAAGUUCAGUAUCUAACAUUCUACAGACCACAAGAUCUCUACGAGCCCGAGAUCAAAUGGUCGAAAAAGCAACUGCAUGCCAUGCGACGCAGAUUGUUCAAUGUUGUCCCUAGAAGACCGAUAGAACCCUGGCCCAUUCCGAAAACCAUAGAGCCUGAACUGCCUGUUGAGGAAGAGGUCGCAGUUGAAGAGCCACCCGAGGAUCAGAAACCUGAUCCUGAUCCUGAUCCUGAUUCUGUUCCUGGUCCCAACGUUCCAGUAGACAGGGGUCAGCGGUUGAAGAAUCUGCUCAUGGACGAAGAGCGCCUAAAUCAACAUCUGAAGCUGAAGCACUUGGUGCUACCAGAGGAUCCGGUAAAAGCCAUCUACCUGCCCCUUUUCCAUCGCCACAAGACUUUGAAAUACUUUCAUAAGAAACAAAAGCCAUCGGCUCAUUGGAAGAGCACUACUAGCUCCACUGCUUGGCGCCAUAGAAAAACUAGUUGGAUUUUGCCCCAAACCAGAUCGUCAGCUUCAUUUAGUACUCUAUUCUACGAUGCCAAGCACUCGCCGUCGGACUUAAACGAUUCGCAUGACGAUUUCCUCACCAGCAAUGAAGGCGUUCUGGGCUUCAACGAGUUGGAAGAUCCAUUUGACAAGCCAAUUGCAAUGGAUGCAGCCGAAGAACGUGUGGAUUUCAGGAGGUUCAUCGACAUAGACUUCGUAUCGCGACACAUCCUGCAGCUAAUGUCGAACAUGAAGCCUAAGAAUAAGAGCAAUCUUAUCGAGAUUCAGCCGCAGAUCACCAACUACAUGGAGCACUUCUACUGGACGCAUUUAACGCACGAUGGUCUGUACUUUCAUUGGUUCGUCAGCGAGGGUUUCUUUCCGGCUCACUAUCUCACCGAGGUGAAGACUGCCAAGGAGCUGGAGGUCAUACCGCAUUGCCAGCUGGACAGGGAUAUUAUGCGGUAUAUAGAUGUGGUAAAUGACGUGAAUGCGAAGAGAAUCAAGUUAACCAGACAAAUGGCGCACCUCAUGGUGACCGCCUACUUUCGCGUUCUAUGCCACAGAGCCCAGUUGGCCACGUGCCCCAUCAAGGAUAGAUGUUUGCUGCGAUGUCGCUUUGCCAUCUCGAUGGUGGAGCUCUAUCAGCAGGAGCGAGGUCGACACAUAUUGCGAGAUCGGGUCGAUUGCUGGCGCCUCAUGAAGUGGGCCCUCAAGCACGAGAGUCGCGUCAAGCAGCUGUACGAUGAGCCCUUGUACUAUGCCGGGGAACGGGCCAGCAUCCAUAGCUGCCUGGUGAUGCGUACCCCCAACUUGGAGUCCUUCAAGGAGUUCUAUCGUCGCCAGGUGCUGCCCAAGCCGGAUGCACUCGCCAUCAAUCCCGUGUUCAACAAAAUCAGGCGUUAUCCGAUCAAUCGCAAGGAUCCUUCUGCCACUUUUGUGUGCCCCAUUCCCGGUUGCCAAACGGGUCUGAACUCGAAAAUACUGAUGGCGCACUUCUUGAGCGAUCACUGUCGCCGUUUGGAGGAACUUUGGCUCACGGAUCGCAUGGUGCUGCUGUUCUAUCCCAGUUCCUAUCCCCCCAAUCAAGUCUACUGCAUUUGCGUGAUCGCCUUGCUGACGCGGAUGCCCAGCCAGAAGGUGCCGAUACCGCAGAAUAUACUGAACGAGGACUUACCCUCGAAAUAUCUAUACUUUAUUGAGCACGGAGCUUGUUUCCUCAUGUUCGCGCCGGUUUCGAGAUUUAUCAUUGAGGGAAAGACGGAGCCAAGUCCGGUUGCUCGUGAAAAAUGUGCCAAAAGGCAUCCAGACACUGUGUUCAUCUUUUGGCUGGCCAUUGCCGAUUACGAACUCAAGGAUGUGGGCUGUCGACUGCUUGUGUAUUGCCAGGAUCACUGUGUCAGGGGUAAAUCCCCAUCGACGUUUGUCAAAAUGUCCGAGUUCAAAGGGGUGACCCAUUUGCUAACGACUCAACCAGAUUGCUAUCUGGCCAUCGAUUAUGGGACCAUGGCCACGCUGACCAAGGACUUCAGGGAGAUGCUCUUCAUCGAGGUGCGAUACGUUAAUAAGUUGUUGGAAGACGCCAACAACUCUGGUGAUGAGUUUUUCUAUGAAUACUACAGGGAGGACCCGUGAAAAAGGCAACUUGAAGCAUAUGUGCACUAAAUCUGGAUUGCAUAUUUGCAUAUAUUUUAAACAUAUUUUAUAUGCCUUAAUGGCAGUUUAUAUCGAAUAAAAAAAAAACACUUUUGGUGGCGGGUAUCAAAA